ACAGAACCAGAGCAAAGCCACAGGGCUUGGAGGUGGCUCAUUUGUAUCAGAACCAGACUGGAGUAAGGAGGAGGAGGAGGAGGAGAAAGAAGAAGACAUAUUCAAGGAAGAAGGGGAGGAAGCGCCCUGGAAGUUAAAGUUCAGGCAGGGAGGAGGAGAAGGAAGGGCAGGUGGCAACAGGUAACUAUCUAGACCAUGAAGGGGGUUGCCAAAUUGAUUUUCCCACUCAUUCUUGUGCUGGUCUGUGAGGUGAAUGGACAGCGGCGCCCCAGGCCUCCAAAGAAGCGUCCUACUCCAGCACCCUUUGAACCAGUUGAACCUACAGAGUUGCCUCCACCUUUGCCACCGGGACCUCCCUCAGUUUUCCCAGAUUGCCCUAGAGAAUGCUACUGCCCUCCAGAUUUCCCUUCAGCCCUUUACUGUGACAGCCGCAACUUGAGAAAAGUGCCCUUAAUCCCACCCAGGAUCCACUAUGCGUAUCUACAGAACAACUUCAUUGAUAAGCUUUCUGAGGAAUCCUUCAAGAAUGCUACAGAAUUGAAGUGGAUCAAUCUGGAUAAUAACCGCAUUGGAACAGUGGACUCACGAGUGCUGGAGAAGCUAGAGAGUCUGGUCUUUCUAUACAUGGAGAAGAACCAUCUUAAGGAAGUGCCCCCUAAUUUGCCCCCCAAUCUGGAGCAGCUUCGUUUGAGUAGGAACCGGAUCAAUCGAAUCCCUGAUAAUGCAUUCAACAAGCUGGAUCAUCUCCUCCUCUUAGACCUCCACCGCAAUGAACUGAAUGAUGCAGACUUCAAAAAGAAUACUUUCCGAGGACUCAAGAACCUUAUGCAGCUGAACCUGGCUCACAACAGGCUACAUAAGAUGCCUCCAUCAGUUCCCAAAGCAGUUCACCAGCUUUUCCUAGAUGAGAACCAAAUCGAUAACAUCCCCAACAACUACUUUAAAGAUUUCUCCCACUUGGCCUUCCUCAGACUUAGCUAUAACAAGCUUUCUGACAAAGGCCUACCCAAGAAUUCUUUCAAUCUCACAAACUUGUUGGUCUUACACCUGGCACACAACAACCUGACCAGCAUCCCUUAUAUCAGCCAGACACUGGAACAUCUCUACUUGAAUGACAAUUCAAUUGAAAAAAUCAACGGGACCCAGAUAUGCCCCAUAUCUCUGAUGACUUUUCAAGAACCAUCUUCAGAUCUUCAAAACGUUCCCCGCCUUCGUUAUCUGCGCCUAGAUGGCAACCAUUUGAAGCCACCGAUCCCCUUGGACCUGAUGAUGUGUUUCCGACUCUUGCAAUCUGUCGUAUUCUAAGCCUCGCAGCAGUUGCCACUCUUUGGGAGCUUGACUUUGUGCAGUGACUUGAUUCCAGUCUAUGUUAGACAUGGGGAAAUAUAGCUUAUCAUCUCUACCCUGACCUUGCCUCCCCAGUGCCUUCUCUUUGCUACUCCAUUCUGCUGCUUCUUUUUCUGUCUGCAGGAAGCUGUGUUCUCGGUGUAACUCUUAUUUUAUGUAGCAUCUUAUUGAGAGUCUGCUCUGCUAGGAGUGUUGCACAGAUUCUUCUUUGAUAUCCACAACAUUUACACAACUGUAAUACUGGAAUCCUCCACACCAGGUGGAAAUUACAUCAUAUUCCAGGUAUUGCUGAAUUACAACUCCAGCAGCCCUAGCUGGUUUAGCCAAUGGUGAAGAAUAUUAGGAACUGCAGUUCAACAGCAUUUGAAUGAGAAAAUGAGUACAAUCCCUGUGCUAUACUGUCCCUUACUUUUAUCAAAUAUAUAUAGAAGAGAACAUACGAAUCUGCAUCUAGCAUCUAGCAUGUGUAUUCCCAUCUUGCUGCCUAGAACUUCAAAUAGUCAUUGGCCUCACAACAAUAUCAGCAUUGUAAAUGGUACCUCCAUCAUAACUGUCAGAAAGAUGAAUGUACCAAAGCACAUUUAAAUGGUUUCUUUGUUAAGCACUAUUUGUCUAAACAUAAAGUUGAGCUAAGAAGAAAGAAAUAAUUGAAUGCAUGGCAGUCAUAAAUGUAGAUAGUAAGAAUUCUGUUCUGUUGCAGAUAGGGAUGGAUACACAAACUACAGAGCAGAUUGUAAACUGUUGAACAUUGUGGGUGCAAAGAAUAGUGUCUGAACAACCUACGGUUUUUGUUCUUUGAGGUGGUAGAGGUUGUAUACAACAACAUCCUUUAGGAAAAUUCUAAACAAAGGAAAAGUGACUACCAGCUCUUGUUAUGAGCCACUGUUUCACAAGAUAAUCAUUGCUGGUGCCAUCCUUAACAAUUUAAUACUGACUGACAUCCUGUCCAUGACAUUCAAAAGUGUAACUCAGUUAUGCCUCAGUAUUUUUUUAUCAUUGUACCUUCCUCACACAAUGCCCAACAGCUGUGCUAGACUUACCUUCCUUCUGUUGGUUUUAAUGGCUGGUAAGAAAAAUAAGUACUUGUCAAGCUUCUGAGCAUAGACAGAUGCCAGAUGACAAAGCCAUCUUUUGAGAUUUCCUCUUGUUCCUUCUCAGAUCCUGAGGAAUUAUGUCCCCGUUGUGUGUCUGGUUCGAAGCUCAGUUAAUCACUUCUCUGGUGCACGUUGCUCUUGACCAGUCACUUAAUGGCCAUGGAGAGGGGUCCAUAAAAGGAACAACAUAUUGUCAUGCUGCAUGAGCAGAAUUUUAUGUUAAUCCAAUAGGGGGUCUUGGCAUCUGGUUUCAAUUGGUUGGUGUGAUUUAAUUGCAAUGGCAGAGAGAAAUUGCCACAGAGUAACACAGCUGUAAAAGACAGUUUUGUUGUCUUGGUGACUUUCAGAGAUAGGUUCAUGUUUUGUUUUGUUUUGUUUUGUUUCUGCAUGAUGUGCCCCAUUAUGAACUUUCUGAUGCAAUCUGUUUCUCAUCAGAGGUCUUGAUGCUGUACCAUAUUUCUUUGCAUGAAAGUUGAUGUGUGACACAAAAGAUAAUAACCUUAAAACAUUGUACCUAGUGAUGUCGAUCCAGAUGUUAUAAACUAAACUUUUCCUUCAUUAUUCAGAACAUGCCCCCUCCUUUAUAACUACUCAAGGUAAAGUCUGUUUUCCCCCUUCCUUAUAAUAUAGCUCAAAAUACAGUCUGAGGAAAGUCAUUGAAAUGUACAUAAGUAUUGAGUGGAUAUUAGCAGAGUCUCCAUAUGGCUUAAGAGUGCAAACCCCUCCAUAAUUGGGCAGCAGUCACUUGAAUUGAUGGAAUAUGUGCUUUGUUUUCCCCUAUGCUGUGGAUUGUGUGCUUCAAGCACACAACAAUCAGCACAGAAGUAAAGAUAUUUAAUUACAAGAAAACCACCAACUAAAUUGAAUUGUGGUGUGUGUGUGUGUGUGUGUGUGUGUGUGUGUGUGUGUGUGGUGUGGUGGGGUAGGAUUUUCUUAAUUUCUCCAGUUUCUAGAUACAUUUUCCUUCCACCUUAGUAGCAGCUGAAAGGGACUUAGCAACUGCUUGGGGUUGUGUGUGUGAUUUUGGACAGGUCCAAUCAGCUGUAACACAGCCUCUUGCCAUAAGACAUACAAAGGCACAAAGAACAUGGGUGCUGCAUAUUCCAUGAUUCUUUUAUAGCAUUAUUUUCCACUUUGGAAUACAACAAAUGGCUUUGAGGUUUAGGAAUGGAUAUUUAGAACUAUCAGCUAGAGAGCUCUCAGUCCCCACUAAACUACAAACCACAGAAUCCCAAAGGAUUUUUUCCAAGGCAAUUGAAGUGAAAUCAUAGUACAAUAAAAGUGUAGUGUGAUAAGGAUAGAUGUAAACAUAUUUAAUUUAGUCCUCAUUUCACUUUGCAUCCAGCCUAUGAGACAAAUGUUUAUUCUUUCUAUUUUAUGGUGAAAGAAUCGAGGCCAAUAAAUAUGGGCUUACCCAAGGCAACAGUACAAACAUUUGAAUUUAAAAUGCUUGGGUCCAGUAUUGUACUCGAAAAAACUCUACUCAUAAAUUGAAAGUUAAAUGCUGUCCUCUUUACAGUCAUACUGUCCAGGACAGUUGACAAAAUCGACAAGUGAUUGCUCAUGCAUUUUCAAUGUUGAAAUGUUAAAUGAAGAUUAGGAAAAUAUUUAGAUGGUGUUGCUACAAGUCAGAAUUGACUUGAAGGCACAAAACAAAGUAAUCUAUCUUAUCUUUUUAGAUCCACGUCCAUUAAGAGUACAUGACUUUAAAAUCAUAAUCAUGAUAAUCAUUGGAGAUUAAGAUAUCCAUUCAGUAAAUGUUACAAUCCCCAGAUAACUUUUUCCCAGGGACGAAAUUAAAUAAUUCAUUUAAAAUGCCCAUCAAGUUAGCAGAAUCAAAGCCUUUCAGUUCCUGUUCCAUUAUCAGGACGGAGGCCACUAGGAGGUGCUAGAGAGAGAAGGAUAAUCCAUUUUAUGGGAGUGGAGGAUGGGUUGAAGGAGGAAAACCUUUUCCCCCAGUUUUCCUAUUAUUCCCCCUACCCAUGUCUCCGUUGUGGGAAUAACCCUCGUUUAUAACAUGGAAAGUGGGGAGGAGGAAUAACAAUUGAAAAUGGGGGGGUUGGUUUUCCUCCUUCAGUUCCCUCCUGUAAAAUGGACUAUCCUUCUCUCUCUAAUGCCUCCUUGUGGCCCCCGCCCAGAUAAUGGAAUGGAACAGUACCAGCCUUUCCUAUUCUGAUUUGCAUAAAUCACCUUCAAUGUACAGUCUGGUUCCCUUUUGGUACAAUCUAAUCACAUGAUAUUUACUCAAUCAAAUUUGCAUAACUCACUUCCAUGAGUCAAGCCUCAAGAUUUGCUCUGCCUCAGCAACCUGUGUCCUUGCUGUAUGUUAUAAAAUGAUUUUUAAGUCAAGUCAGGAUAUUUUGUUUAUCAUCAUGGAGAUGAAUAAAACUAAGUUUACUCUGGAUUUCAUAAAAGAAACUGGGAUCUAAAUCCAUAUGUAAUUUUCACAUUUGUAGCCUACUCUUUAUAUUUGUUUUCAUAUUUCAACCCAUGCUUACAAGAACGUCCGCUGACUCAGAAAUAGGUGAGGAUUUCACGCCCUGGUUUUUCAGCAUGGCUCUGUGUGUAUUGUUUUUUUUUCAAUACCCCUGAGUUGUGGCACAACAGUGUUUUAGAGUCCUUUGAAUGGCAGAGACCUAUGAGAUCAUUUUAAUUUUUGCUUUACAAAUAUACAAGGAGCUCAUAAUAUAAGCAGGUAGAUAUCUCCUAAUGCAGGCAGUAAAUGUACUUAUCCAUGCAUCUGAUCCCACAGAGCAAACUUCUACACCUUGAAGAGUUUCACUUCAACCAAGUGUAUCCACAGUGCAGAAUUAUUGCAUCACUUUAAAUGCCAUUGCUCCAUCCUACAGAAUCCUGGGAUUUGUAGUUUUGCCAGGUGUCAAUACUCUCACAAAGAAGGCUUGCAAAACUGCAAAUUCUAAGGUACAUUAGAAUAGAAUAAUAACACUUAUAGUACUUUCAAACUGCUAUAAUUUUGCACUAUUGAUACACCCCAGAUCAUAGCUCCAAAGUCUUCUUCUAUUUUCCUGCUCCACACAUCUCUCUCGGAAUUCAUAUGACAAAACCAUAUUCAAACAGUUUUGUUAACAUCACAUAGAUAUGGUCACCUUCCCAAACUUUGAUGAACAUAUUCUCUUCCAAAGGUUAUACAAAUCAUCUGGAUGAAACACAGUAAUUAUAGAUAUUUUGCUCAAGUUCCUAACCACUUAAGGAUGUUUAUAUUAUAUUAAUCAAAAUGAUCAAACUGCUAACGAUAUGCUGUCUCUCCCAGGUGAAGGGCAAAAUAUCAAUAGAAGUUGCUUUGAUCUUAUCUGUUCUUCUUUUCUUGAAAAAGCAAACAAGAGGGUACAUAUUAGAAAUGUCUUUCAUUGAAAGAUUCAUGCUAUCUCUCCCUUCUUCUCUCUAUUCCCCUUGCUUUUACCCUUCCUACUUUACUGUUUCUUUAUUGUCUUGACUUGAAAUUUCAUAAGUAUCCUUCUCAAAAUUUUCCAUAUUUUCCCUUUUUAUCUCCUGUUUCAAGUUCUACCAAACCAAUAUGGAAGCAUACUGUGGAGCUCUGUAGUAAACACAAAUUCAGCACACAGUCUUCCAGCUUGUAUUUCCAAUUUCUGCCCAUUUCCAACCAAUUGCUUGGCUGUACCCUUAAAUCAAAACCCUUGCACAUCAAUAGGGGAUGCUGGAUUUUGCCCCUUGUGACCAAACAACCUCAGUCCACAGGACAUAUUUCACGACAAAACUCAGCAUAUCCCACUGGUACCCAUGUUGGGGUUGGGCAUGCUUGGGAUCACUUAUUUUAACAGUAAUGCAGGCAUGAAACUUGCUUUUAAUUUAAUCUGUCUAUCUGACAAGCCUUAUCUGGCAUUCUGUUACACCAGUGUAAAUUAGCAUAAUGCCAUUAAUAUUUGUUGAAUUACUCGGGAUUUAUGCUUGUAACACUUGGAAUAUGGUUUGCUGAUUUCUGUUUAUAGCAUAAUAAAAUAUGUUCUGUA